AGCUGCAGAGCCCGUGUGGGACUUGGCCUUCACCCCUCCUGCAUCUGACCUCCAUCUCCACCAGCAGCAUGAACCGCCAGUUCACCUGCAAGUCGGGGGCUGCCGCCAAGGGGGGCUUCAGCGGCUGCUCAGCAGUGCUCUCAGGGGGCAGCUCGUCCUCCUACCGGGCAGGGGGCAAAGGGCUCAGCGGGGGCUUCGGAAGCCGGAGCCUCUACAGUCUGGGGGGCAUCCGGAACAUCUCCCUCAACAUGGCCAGCGGCAGCGGGAAGAGUGGUUAUGGAUUUGGCCGGGGCCGGGCCAGUGGCUUUGCUGGCAGCAUGUUUGGCAGUGUGGCCCUGGGGCCCGUGUGUCCAACUGUGUGCCCACCUGGAGGCAUCCAUCAGGUCACUGUCAACGAGAGCCUCCUGGCCCCCCUCAACGUGGAGCUGGACCCUGAGAUCCAGAAAGUGCGCGCCCAGGAGCGGGAGCAGAUCAAGGCUCUGAACAACAAGUUCGCCUCCUUCAUCGACAAGGUGCGGUUCCUGGAACAGCAGAACCAGGUGCUGGAGACCAAGUGGGAGCUGCUACAGCAGCUGGAUCUGAACAACUGCAAGAACAACCUGGAGCCCAUCCUCGAGGGCUACAUCAGCAACCUGCGGAAGCAGCUGGAGACGCUGUCCGGGGACAGGGUGCGGCUGGACUCGGAGCUGCGUAGCGUGCGGGACGUGGUGGAGGACUACAAGAAGAAGUAUGAGGAAGAAAUCAACAGGCGGACAGCUGCAGAGAACGAGUUUGUGCUGCUCAAGAAGGACGUGGAUGCAGCUUAUGCCAAUAAGGAGGAGCUCCAGGCCAAGGUGGACUCCAUGGAUCAGGAGAUCAAGUUUUUCAAGUGCCUCUAUGAAGCCGAGAUCGCUCAGAUCCAGUCCCACAUCAGCGACAUGUCUGUCAUCCUGUCCAUGGAUAACAACCGGGACCUGAACUUGGACAGCAUCAUUGACGAGGUCCGCGCCCAGUAUGAAGAGAUCGCCUUGAAGAGCAAGGCUGAGGCUGAGGCCCUGUACCAGACCAAGGCUUCCAACCUGGAGACGGCCAUCGCCGAUGCCGAGCAGCGGGGCGACAGUGCCCUGAAGGACGCCCGGGCCAAGCUGGACGAGCUGGAGUCCGCCCUGCACCAGGCCAAGGAGGAGCUGGCCCGGAUGCUGCGGGAGUACCAGGAGCUCAUGAGCCUGAAGCUGGCCCUGGACAUGGAGAUCGCCACCUACCGCAAGCUUCUGGAGAGCGAGGAAUGCAGGAUGUCAGGAGAAUUUCCCUCCCCUGUCAGCAUCUCCAUCAUCAGCAGCACCAGCGGCAGCAGUGGCUAUGGCCUCCGGCCCAGCUCUGUCAGCGGCGGCUACGUGGCCAACAGCAGCAGCUGCAUCUCGGGCGUAUGCAGUGUCCGCGGUGGGGAGGGCAGGAGCCGGGGCGGCACCAGCGACUACAAGGAUACCCUGGGGAAGGGCUCCACCCAGAGCGCGUCCUCCAAGAAAGCCAGCAGGUAGAGAGGGCCGUCGGAUGCCCUCCUGCCACCUGUGCAUCCCCAGCUGUCUCCCAUACACGCUCUUCCCCAGCCCACCAGCAGCCCCAUCUCUACCCAGCCCUGCUCUCGUACCUCCAGUGCUGGCCUUGGCCACCCACUUCUCCCAGCCUGUGUCUCCCUGAGCCUGGACAGGUGUGGAUGACUAAACCUGGGGAAAUUCCUCCUGGCAUAUGCCUGGCACUACUUUCCUUGGCUGAGGUCCCCCACCUAUGCCAUCAGCUCGGCUCCAGGCUCCCAGACUUCUGCCCUCUACAUCAGCUUCCAGCUCAGUCGCUAAAUACUCUGUCUGGCUCCCUGGGGCUCACACUGAGCCCCAGCUCUCACACUGGGGCCUUUGUCCCAGCUCCUGCCUAGGCUAGUGGCUGGUUCUGUGUUCAAGACAAGGAGGACUGAAGGACAACAACCAAGAGAAGCCAGUCCCCACCCCACCUUGGCUCCAUCUCAUGGCUCACUCUGAGCGGGACCCAGUACAACUCAGCAUCUCUCUUCACUCUCCUGUGUCCAGAAGCAGAGAAGAGGAGGCCCUCUGCAUCCCCUUUCUUCUUAGAACCCUCCUAUCGCAUCGUCAAUAAACAGCACAAUCU